AUGGAGAUGGAGUAUGUGUUUGGAGGGGAGGUGUUUGUAAAAUGUCCUAAACCACCCGCAACAUUAGAAGCGAGGGUGGGAGGGAGGGUUUGUUUGUUAGCUGCGUGCAACACUCCUGAGAAGGUGACACCUGUAUUCAAGUAUUCAUCAUCAAAUCAUCCCUCCUACUGUGCUACAGUGUCUCGUGUUAAGAAGAAACUUCCCCUUCUGUUUGUGAGCAUGUGUGCGUUGUUUCUGGUUCUUCUUGCUCCGGUUAUGUUUGUAAUUUCUGUGGACCCUGGUUUCAAUGAUGAUGUGUUGGGGUUGAUUGUGUUCAAGGCUGGUUUGGAGGACCCCAAAAGGAAACUCUCUUCCUGGAAUGAGGAUGAUAACAGUCCUUGCAACUGGGAAGGUGUGAAGUGUGAUCCUUCAUCCAAUAGGGUCACUGCUCUUGUUCUUGAUGGGUUCUCUCUUUCUGGGCAUGUUGAUAGGGGCUUAUUGAGGUUGCAGUUCCUUCAAAUUCUCUCACUUUCAAGGAACAACUUCACAGGGCCUAUAAACCCCGAUCUUCCUCGCCUUGGGAGUUUACAAGCUGUGGACUUCAGUGACAACAAUCUCUCUGGGGAGAUCCCAGAAGGGUUUUUCCAACAAUGUGGCUCGCUCAGGAUAGUUUCAUUUGCUAAGAACAACCUCACAGGUAAAAUUCCCGAGUCCUUGAGUUCAUGCUCCAAUUUGGCAACUGUUAACUUUUCCUCCAAUCAGCUCCAUGGGGAAUUGCCGAAUGGAGUGUGGUUCUUGAGGGGGCUACAGUCACUUGAUCUGUCAGACAACUUGCUGGAGGGAGAGAUUCCUCAAGGCAUUCAGAAUCUGUUUGACAUGAGGGAGUUGAGUCUUCAGAAGAACAGGUUUAGUGGAAGGCUUCCUGGGGAUAUUGGAGGCUGCUUACUUCUGAAAUCACUUGACUUGAGUGGUAAUUUUCUCUCUGGGGAACUCCCUCAGUCAAUGCAAAGACUCACAUCUUGCACGGCACUUAGUUUGCAGGGAAAUUCAUUAACAGGGGGCAUUCCUGACUGGAUUGGGGAAUUGAAGAAUCUAGAGACGUUGGAUCUUUCUGCCAAUGGAUUUUCUGGUUGGAUUCCUAAGACAUUAGGAAAUCUUGACUCUUUACAUAGAUUGAAUUUGUCCAGGAAUCAGUUGUCAGGAAACUUGCCUGAUUCUAUGCUUAACUGCACUAAGCUCUUGGCUCUUGACGUCAGCCACAAUAAUCUGGCAGGCCAUGUUCCUUCAUGGAUUUUUAAGAUGGGCGUGCAAAGCAUCUCUUUUUCUGGGAAUGGCUUCAGCAAGAGCAAUUAUCCUGCACUUAAGUCCACUCCUACAUCUUAUCAUGGUCUUGAGGUUUUAGAUUUGUCAUUCAAUGCAUUUUCUGGUGGUCUUCCAUCUGACAUUGGAGGACUUAGUAGCCUACAAGUCUUGAAUAUUUCCACUAACAAUAUCUCCGGUUCUAUUCCUGUGGGUAUAGGAGAGCUUAAGUCUUUGUACAUUAUUGACCUAAGUGACAACAAGCUUAAUGGAAGCAUUCCUUCUGAAAUAGAAGGGGCGGUUUCACUCAGUGAGCUAAGGCUGCAAAAGAACUUCCUCGGUGGGAGAAUUCCAGCCCAAAUUGACAAGUGUUCAUCUCUAACAUUUUUGAUUCUUUCUCACAACAAGCUUACUGGUUCAAUCCCUGCAACCAUUGCAAACCUCACCAAUCUUCAAUAUGUAGAUUUGUCAUGGAAUGAACUCUCUGGUAGUUUACCCAAGGAAUUAACACUUCUUUCUCAUCUUUUCACAUUUAAUGUGUCCUACAACCACCUUGAAGGUGAACUACCUGUGGGUGGCUUCUUCAACACCAUCUCCUCCUCAUCAGUAUCCGGUAACUCAUUGCUGUGCGGUUCUGUUGUCAACCACUCCUGUCCAUCUGUUCAUCCCAAACCUAUUGUCCUGAACCCCAAUUCUUCAGGUUCCAACUCCAGCAUUUCUUCACAGAACCAUCGGCAUAAAAUCAUACUAAGUAUCUCUGCUCUUAUUGCUAUUGGAGCAGCUGCUUUUAUUGCCAUUGGUGUGGUAGCUGUUACUGUCCUAAAUAUCCACGUGCGUUCCUCAAUGCAACGUAUGCCUGCUACAUUUGCAUUUUCUGGUGGUGAGGACUGUACUGGUUCGCCUGCAAAUGAUCCAAACUAUGGCAAGCUUGUCAUGUUUUCUGGUGAUGCAGACUUCGCUGAUGGAGCACAUAAUCUUCUCAAUAAAGAAAGUGAAAUAGGCCGUGGAGGAUUUGGAGUUGUUUAUCGCACUUUCCUUCGUGAUGGACAUGCUGUUGCAAUCAAGAAGCUUACAGUCUCCAGUUUGAUCAAGUCCCAAGAAGACUUUGAGAGAGAAGUAAAAAAGCUUGGAAAUAUCAGGCACUCGAAUCUUGUCGCACUUGAAGGUUAUUAUUGGACUUCAUCCUUGCAACUCCUUAUUUAUGAGUUCCUAUCCACAGGGAGUUUGCAUAAACUUCUGCACGAUGAUAACAGCAAAACUGUCUUCUCAUGGCCACAAAGGUUCAAGAUUAUUCUUGGCAUGGCAAAAGGGUUGGCCCAUUUGCACCAAAUGAACAUAAUUCACUACAAUCUUAAAUCAACCAAUGUUCUUAUUGAUUGUUCUGGUGAGCCAAAGGUUGGAGAUUUUGGCUUGGUGAAACUAUUACCAAUGUUAGACCAUUGUGUUUUGAGCAGCAAAAUUCAAAGUGCACUAGGAUACAUGGCGCCUGAGUUUGCAUGUCGCACCGUUAAGAUAACCGAGAAGUGUGACAUAUAUGGUUUUGGGAUCCUUGUGCUGGAGGUGGUGACAGGAAAAAGACCUGUGGAAUACAUGGAGGACGAUGUGGUGGUUCUUUGUGACAUGGUGAGGGGUGCAUUGGAAGAAGGCAAGGUGGAUCAAUGUGUUGAUGGAAGGCUCCUUGGUAACUUUGCUGCAGAGGAAGCAAUUCCUGUGAUAAAAUUGGGGUUGAUUUGUGCCUCACAAGUGCCAUCAAACCGUCCAGAUAUGGCUGAGGUAGUCAACAUACUAGAAUUAAUCCAAUGCCCUUCAGAAGGACUAGAGGAAUUAGGAUGA